CUUAGUUGCUGAAUUGUAGAGUUCCUCAACAAAGACGGUCUGUCUAGUUUCUCCACAUUUUAAAAGAAGACAGGAUAAUUCCACAUACAUUUAAUUACUUAAUUGGCUAUAAUUUAAUAUUCCACAAAACAUGCUUUUUUUUGUAUUCUCUUUUACGACCAGAAUUCCAGUUCCACAUCUCCAUGGCAAAUUGAGAUCACAUUUCAGUUUGUGCAUGCAGCAGCAUGUUUCCAUAGUCACCAGUGUGUUUGCAUUAGUUGUUAAGUUAAACAGUGUGUGUGUGUGUGUGUGUGGGGGUGUAUUUUUGAAACUGCUCAGUGGACUCUCAAACUGUGUUAAAAUGGUAAAAGGUGGAAAGCGAUAUUCUUCAAUGAGCAAUGAUGGCAAAUGGUUUGCUCAUCCAGUUUCACCAGAAAAUGAAACGAGGAGUCGUGAGGGUUGUACAAGCACUGGGAUCAUGCUGACUAAGGUUAAAUCGUUGUUGCCUCAGGCUUUGAACUUGGAGCGCUAUCCUAAAUGGAAAACUCAGCAGAAAUCCAGAGAAUAUCCAUUCUCAGACCACGACAACAAGCACGCCUUAAAAGACAACAUAUCUGUCUUCACUCGUGGUGUAGGACGCAGAAAGUGUCUUGAUGAUCACAGACAGCACAACUCCCAUUUCUGCCUGUGCAAAGAUGGAGCUUACAGCAGCCCUGAAGAGACCGGGGGGAACAUCACGGUCCAGCAGACUGACUUGACGGUGAAGCAGGCUGUAAAUGUUCCAACCAGCACCAGGCGGUUUCCCCGCAACCACAAGCAGAAGUCGGCAGAGGCAGCUUUUGCGCAGGCAGGAGAGCAAGUCAUGUGGUUCGGACGACACAACUCCGACCUCUCAGAGACCCUGCAAGUGCUGGCAGCUACUAACUGCUCAGCACAAUCCAAGUUCUAAGAUACAUACUGUACAUACAUACAUUGAGGGGACAGCAUAGAGGGGGCCAGGGGAACUUUCUAGGCGGGGUCCAGCUGUCAAAUAAAAAAACGGAAUUAUAAACAUCAGAUUUUCUUGUUUCAAGAGCUCUAAGGUAUUUUGAAAGCUGUAUUGCAGACAAGACAAAUAGGAAAGCUUACAAACGUAAAGUUUUAUUCCACCCAUCCCAAUUAGACUGGAAAGUAAAUAGUUAAUCAUUUUGAUGUACUAACAAUAUUAAUGCAUCUUAUCAUAUUCCUGACUAUAUUUAAGUACACUUGACAAAGCUAUUUUGAGACAUCAAGUUGUAUUUGAUUAUAUUUAAAUG